AUGGCAACCCGUUCCCGGAGCACCGCUCGUCCCCCGUCCCCUCUCGAUCAAGGAGAGUUGGGACCCGCUCUUCCGGCAGCCGCCGAUGAGUCAAGAAGCCUCAAACCAGAGGUCUAUGGGGAAAUCUCCCUCAGCCGCGCAAUCUCCCUCCUCCUGGGAUUGCAAAACCAAGUCAUCCGGCUCGAACGGGAACUCAAGGAACUCAAGGAGGUCAACAAGGAAGCCCGAGAUUGGAUGGGAGCGGUUGACCAAACCCUCACUCAAAUCAAGGCUAUUGGGGGGCCCCAACCCCACACACCAGAAGACCGGAAACCCCCGGCAGUUGAGGCCACGCCCAGGCCCAUAUCCAAAACCAACCCUCUUCCAGCGCCUAGUGCGCCCCUCAUCGCCUGGGCCAACCCCACCAAGCCUCCCAUCACCUUCGCCCAACCAACUCCCGUCCAGGCUCCCCCGAGAAUCCCUACUCCCACUCCACCUGCGCCUAUCAGGCUCCAAUCCCCCCUUGCCUCUCAACCAGCGGCUCCAGUAGUCGCUUAUCAAGCACCCGUCAAGGUAGAUCACCCCGACGCCUAUACGGGGAAGAUUGGUAAUGAGUCCAGACAAUGGCUCACCAGGAUGAUGGCAUGGGUCCGCCUCAAUCAGCGGAUGUUCCCAACCGAUCAGGAGGUAUUGUCCUUCCUCCUGAUGAACAUGAAGGACACGGCAGGAGCCUGGGCACACCCCCACCUCGAUCAACUAGGGUCUCACAGGGCCAUCAUCCAAACGGUCAAGGACUUUAGGAGGGAAUUCCUAACCGCAUUUGGGAAUCCGGACGCCACACGAGCCGCCGAGCGGCAAAUUACAAACCUUACUCAGACAGGUACCUGUGCUGAGUACAUUACUAAGUUCAGGACCAUCGCCAUGGACCUGGACUGGAACAACGCCGCCCUUCGUGGGCAAUUUGCACGUGGCCUCCACUGGGAGGUCAGCCGUCUCAUUGCCACCCGAGAACGGCGCCCCACUACCCUCCUCGAGCUGCAGAACGCGGCUCUGGUCAUCGACAACGCCCUCCGUGAGGAACGCGCCAGCCACCCGCCUAAGGGUAAUAAGUCUGGCACCUCCAACACCACCCCAACAGGGGGGCGAGUACCGGCCAACAGGCCACAAGACCAGGAGGAGCGAAACCGCCGCAGGGCAGAAGGCCUCUGCAUCAAAUGCGGGAAAACAGGGCACAAGUUUGCGGAAUGCCGCACUGGCUGGAAGGCCACGCCUAAGGAGGAAGGCAUCAAAAAGGAAGCCGCCAAAAUUGGCGAAGACUCGAAUAAAAUAUCCCCACUCUUCACCAUUUCUAUUACACCAGAGAAACAAGCGGAAAACCUAGAAGUCCUGAUAGAUUCAGGCGCCACUUCCUCAUUUCUACACCCCCGUACCGCGGAACUACUCCGCCUCCCACUCAUUGACCUCCCUACACCCCGUACCGUUACUAUGCUCGAUGGGUCGAGCCCCCAGGCAGGCAAAAUCUGGAAAAAGGCAAUCCUGACCUUCUCCUUUGAUGGCAAGAAAAUGACAGAGACCUUCCUUAUAUGUAACACAGGGUCUCAUGCUGCCAUCUUGGGAUUGAAAUGGUUGGAUGCCCACAACCCGGAGAUCGAUUGGAAUAUGCGCACCCUUACCUUUCCUCAUGCAACCCCUGAACAUGUGGCCAUCGCCGAGGAAGAAGAAGCAGAUAAGAAUCCCCUUGAAGGAGUACCCUCCGAGUACCAUCAAUACGCCAAGGUAUUUGGAGAAGAAGAAUUCAACAAGCUUCCUCCACACCGGCAUUACGACAUUGGAAUAGAACUCACGGAAGAAGGCCCCCUUAACUCUCCCCUUUACAGUAUGACAGACGCCGAGUCCGCCACACUCAAGGACUGGCUCAGGGAUGAGUUGAAAGCCGGGAAGAUCCGCCCUAGCAAAUCUUCCAUUAGUUCACCGGUCAUGUUCGUACCUAAGAAGGAUGGUUCCCGCCGAUUGGUCGUUGACUACCGUCGCCUCAAUAACCGGACAAAGAAAAACGUGUACCCGCUCCCCCGACCAGACGACCUCAUGGCCCAGCUCCGUGGAGCCAAGGUUUUCACCAAGUUAGAUCUAAGGUGGGGCUACAACAAUGUCCGAGUUAAAGAAGGCGAUGAAUGGAAAACCGCUUUUCGCACCAAGUACGGCUUAUACGAGUCCCUAGUCAUGACAUUUGGUCUCACCAACGCCCCCGCCGCCUUCCAACACUUCAUGAACGAAUUGUUCAAGGAUUUGCUAGAUGUAUGCGUCAUCAUAUACCUUGAUGACAUCUUAAUCUAUUCCAAGGAUGACGCAUCACACACCAAGCAUGUUCACGAAGUCUUACGGCGUCUGAUGGAUAACCAACUGUUCUGUAAAGCUUCCAAAUGCACUUUCCACGUUACCUCAGUGGAAUACCUGGGUAUCAUUGUGUCGGAUAAAGGCUUCAGCUUGGAUAAACUCAAAAUCCAGGCGGUGCAAGAAUGGCCAACCCCCACAAAGGUCAAAGAAGUCCAGUCGUUCUUAGGAUUUGCCAACUUCCUAUGUCGAUUUGUUGCCAACUUUAGUCACACGGCUAGACCCUUGCAUAACCUUGUCAAGAAGGACACGCCCUGGAAAUGGGGGACAAAGGAACAGGAAGCAUUCCAAGGCCUGAAGGAUGCUAUCACCAACGCCCCGGUACUCUGCCACGCCGAUCCCGCCAAACCCUACUUCCUAGAAACGGAUGCUUCUGGCGCAGCUCUAGGUUCCAUACUGAGCCAACGCCAAGAAGAUGGCCGCCUUCACCCACUUGGCUUCCUAUCAGAAUCAUUCAAGGGCGCGGAACAAAAUUACGAUACACACGAUAAGGAGCUUCUAGCGAUCAUCCGCUCCUUUGAGUACUGGCGCAUCUUCCUGGAGGGAACCCUACAUCCCAUCACCGUCUUCACAGAUCACCGGAACUUGGAAUAUUGGAAGGAGUCCCGCACCUUCAACCGUCGACAUGCCAGAUGGCACUUACUCCUUGCCGGUUACAACUUCCACAUUGUGUACCGCCCCGGCAAACAGUCCGGUAAACCAGAUGCCCUAUCACGCCGCUCGGAUCACGCCGACAUUCCACCCGCCGCCCAGACCAUGCUCCCUGACCCUGUGUUUGCCAACGUGGCCUUAGUUACUCCGGAAAAAGAGCUCCAACGCCAAAUCGAGACUGCCUUGGAUCAGGACGAAUCACUGGAGGAAAUCUUACAAUUCCUCCAGAACGAGUCCAAGGCACCCCCCUCAAUUAAGCGAGCAUUCAAAGACUAUGAGAUGGAGGCCGGACUACUGUUUUACCAAGGACGUAUUGUGGUACCUGACGUUGGCACUCUAAGAACGGAUCUGCUUCGCAUUUUUCACGACAGCCCAUUAGCCGGCCACCCGGGCAGACAAAGGACCCUGGAACUUGUAUUGCGUAACUACUACUGGCCGGGCAUCCGCGCAGAUACGUACUGGCACGUGGAUUCCUGCAAAACCUGUCAGCGGAUCAGAAAACCCAAAUACGCUUCCAUUCCCCCACAGCCACUCAAACUUCCAUCACGCCCCUGGCAACACGUGUCAUACGAUAUGAUAGUAGACCUGCCCAAAGACGGAAGCAACGACUCUAUACUGGUCAUCGUGGAUAGUUUUACCAAAUAUGUCAUCCUGGUAGAAUGUUCCAAAAAGCUCAAAGCGCCGGAACUAGCAGACCUGUUCCUACGCCACGUAUGGAAGCGUUACGGUAUGCCGGAGAAAACAGUAUCAGAUCAAGGACGGGUCUUCAAUAAUAAAUUCCUUAAGGCUCUAUACCAACGCCUAGGAAUAGACCCCCACUUCUCCUUGGCCUACCACCCUCAAAGCGAUGGACAGACAGAGCGCGUGAACCCUACGGUAGAACAUUUCUUAAGAGCUUACUCAGGGGUAAAUCAGAAGGAUUGGGUCAAAUGGUUACCAAUGGCGGAAUUUGCCUACAACAACGCAGUACACAGUUCAACAGGCAAAUCCCCAUUCAAAGCACUGUACGGAUGGGAACCUUCACUAACCCCAAGUAACGUCCCGACAGACGUCCCUGAGGCAGAUGACUUGGCAACACAGAUGGAAGCACAAUGGCGAGAAAUCGAGGCUGCACUCCGGCAAUCCAAAACACGCAUGACAGCCGGGGAAACAGGGGAACCGCUCGAAUUUGAUAUUGGAGAAGAAGCCUGGCUGGACGCCAAAAAUGUGAAGCUAAAGACCCUGAGUCCUAAGCUGACCGAACAACGCCUAGGCCCCUUCAAAGUAAUCGAGAAAAUCUCCGACCGGGCCUACCGCCUAGAGCUCCCACCCACAAUGAGAAUCCACAAUGUAUUUUACGUGGGGCUCCUGUCAAAAGUCAAAAGGGAUGAAAAGCGCAACUUUGAGAAUCGGCCCCCACCUGUCACCGUAGAUGGGGAAGAGGAAUACAAGGUCAAAGGCAUCACAGAUAUGGAAGAAAGGAACGGAGAAUGGUUUUUUAGGGUUAAAUGGAAGGGCUAUGGAUCAGAGGAGAAUACCUGGGAACCAAGGGAAAACCUCAAAAACGCCGAAAAAAUCCUGAAAAAAUUCGAAAAAGAAAUGAAGAAAAAGGCCCUCGGCGCUGCCAAGGCCCUUAGAGGGGGGGCAGUGUCGUAG